AUGAAUUUACUAAUACUGACAAAUUUCAAUCAACUAAGUAGUAAACAUUUAUUCCCAUCAAGAAUACUACGAUUUCAAUUGAAAAUACCAAAUAGAAUCAAUUUUUCAACUAUUACAAAAUUUCACUCAAAAAUGUCAAAAGAGUCAAAAGAGUCAAAACCUGUUUCAUCACAAUCUCAUUCUCAUUCUGACGAAGGGCAUACUCAUUCUCAUGGUGGUAGUAUAUUACAUCAUCAUCAUUCAAUGCACGAACCAAAUGAAUUUCUAGCUGCUAGCACUUCUUCCAUUAAAUCAAAUCCAGCUGUAAGAAUUACAUGGAUUGGUUUAUUAGUUAAUAUAGGUUUAGCAUUAUCAAAAGGAAUUGGUGGAGUUUAUUUCCAUUCACAAGCUUUAAUUGCUGAUGCUAUUCAUUCUGUUUCUGAUAUGUUGGCUGAUUUUUUAACCUUAGCUACUGUUAAUGUUGCUGCUAAAAUUGGAACUCCAACAAAAUUCCCUCUUGGUUACGGUAAAAUUGAAACAAUUGGUUCCUUUUCAGUUAGUGCUAUUUUAUUAUUAGCUGGUAUAUCAGUUGGUUGGAGUUCAUUAUUACAAAUUUUUGAAUUUAUAUUACCUUAUAAUUGGUACGAAUUUGCUGCACUGAUUAAUAUUGGUCAUAAUCAUACUCAUACAGAUACUACUACAAGUCAUGUACAACAUACUCAUACAGGUACUGAUUUAUCAACUCAUAGAGAAAUUCCAAAUAUAAAUGCUGCAUGGUUAGCUGGAGGUUCAAUUAUAGUUAAAGAAUUAUUAUUUCGUAAAACUAUGCAAAUUGCACAUGAAACAAAUUCAAAAGUUUUAGUAGCUAAUGCAUGGCAUCAUAGAGUUGAUUCAUUAACUGCUGUAGUUGCAUUAUUAACCGUUGCUGGUGGUGUUUUAUUUAAUGUUGCAUGGUUAGAUUCAAUUGGUGGUAUUGGUGUUUCAAUUUUAAUUAUAAAAGCAGGUUGGGAUACUUUAAAGGAAGCAUGGUAUGAGUUAAUAGAUCGUGGUGAACCAAAAAAUUCAGAAUUAUAUACAAAAGUUGAAGGAAUAAUAACUCAAGAAUUAUUAAUUAAUAAAGAUUAUAAUAAAUUUAAAUUGGCUCAAUUGAGUGUUUUAUCAUCAGGUGCAAAUACAAAUAUUAAUUUAGUUUUAAAAACAAGUCAAAAAAAUUUAACAUUAUCUACAUUGAAUAAAUAUGAACAAGAAUUGAAUGAAUUGAUAAAAGAAGAUGAUAGAUUUGUUAGAAAUAUAUUUAUUAAAUUCAUAGAGGAAAAAGAACCAGAGGAACAAGAAGAGGAACAAGAAGAGGAACAAGAACAAGAACAUAAAUAG